GACACUGAGCAACAAAUUCCAAAGCUUCACUUUCACUUCUCUCUCUCUCUCUCUCUCUCUCUCUCUCUCUGUCAGUGGUCUGUCUGUCUUCUCUGCCACGGACACUGACAUUUUAGUCAUCCCUCGCCCGCCAUAACCCUUUCAGCUCUGUCUCUGCCUCUGCCUUUGCUCUCUUUCCUCUGCAAAUGCCCCGAAGAUGAAGAGGAAGGAGAAAGGGAAGAACAGCUGAGCUAAUUGAUUGAACUGAGCUGCUAGAACGACUGGCCGCCGGAGGUCGGGUAUGGUCGAGGAGGAGGCGGGGGCCUUCGGGUGGCCGCCCGCGGGAGCUCCCCUGCUGAGGGGAGGCGGCCAGUGGCCCCACUCUGCCUCAGCCGGUUCCUCGUCUUCUGUCAAUGCGGUGUCUUUCGGGUUCGUGGCGACCGCCAUCCUCAUCUCCAUGUUCCUCGUCAUGGCCAUAUUCGAGAAGCUCCUCCUCCGCCCCGGCUCGCCUGGCAAUCCUCCGUCGCCGCAGCCGGUGCCGCAGCCGCAUCAUCCCGUCCGCCGGAGAGGGCUAGAUAUCGAGUCUCAGGCUGUUUUCACCGGCAAGCUGGGGUACCCUUCUCCCAAAAUGACAGUUUAUGCAAGUGGAGUUUCGGUUUUAAUGCCUGGAGACAAUGUUCCUACCUUCAUUGCACGUCCAGCUCCCGUCCCUCCUCAUCCUCCUGAAAUUUGAUUCAUGCUCUCACUAUCAACAUGACUCUCCAAGCUGAACUGCUAUAGGAACGUCGCGCAUGGAUAUCGCUGCUUACGGAGGUUAGAAGAAGGAAAAUUUACCACGCGGGGCUUGAAAUCGAGUUUGCUAGUGUCAUUGAUAUCCCUGAUUUACUAUCUGUAAAUAGCGUGUAUAUUCCAAACGAAGGGCAGAGUCGGAUUAAUUUUUUUACUCGCUGGAGGAAAUCAUUCGGGGCUUGAAAUGAGCUGGUCUUGUCGUGCUCCCCUAUUGAUCAAGCUUAUGAUAUCAUCUUAUAAAUAUGAUCUUAUAAA